AUGCAUUCUCCUAUUAUAAAAUGGUAUUUAUUGAGUACCAUAUUUUUGCUCGAUAUUUCAUUAAACUUCAUCAAUUGUCAAACUUGUACACCAUUGAAUACUUGGCCAAUAAUUAAACCAAAUUGGUCAAAUUGUUCUGUUCUUUCUGAUGGCCCAUUUACAAUUAAUAAUAUUUAUGCUGAAUGUAUGUUCUUAAAUGUUCCUAUUAGUUGGAAUUCAACUAAUUUAACAACAUGUUCAGAUACGAUUCAAAUAUAUGUUAAACGUUAUUUUUUAUUAGGAUAUGAAAAUAUAUCUCAUCAUUUUUGGCGAAUACCAGGUGGUGGUGGUAUUCCUGUAACAUCAUUAGAAAUCGAAGCUGUAACUGUUGUUGGUGCACUCAAUGGUUCAGUUUCAGUCUAUGUUACAGAUAAACGUAGUGUUGGUCAAAGUAGUCGAUUAGAAUGUCCAACAUCAAUUGUUCACAAUUUUACGGGUUGUUUAUCAUUUAUUAAAGCAAAUGAAUAUCGUUUAAAACAAAAUACAUAUACAAAUACAGCACAUGAUUUAGAAUAUGUUCUUAAUGUUGUUAUGGGUAAAAAUCGUGAAAAUAUAAAACCAAAUCAACGUGUUAUUUUAAUGGGUUCAAGUCAAGGAACUUAUCUUUUACAACGAUAUCUUCAUGUAACACAAGAAUCUGAACAAGUUGAUGCUGUUAUAUUUGAUUCUGUUCUACCACCGGAUACAACACGAUUAGUUUAUGGUGAUAAAUAUUUAAAUUAUAUAUUUUUAGAUUUAUUUACACGUUGUUCACAAGAUCAACAAGGAUGUGCUAAAUAUUUUGAAGAUAAUAAUCCAUCACGUGCUCUUUAUACAUAUAAAAUGCAUGAAGAUUUUUUUGAUAAUUCAUCUUGUCUUUAUCUAUUAAAAAUAACUACAACUGAACUUGCAAAUAAAAUGUCAUUUAUAUUAUAUCCUGAAGCGAUGCAAUUAUUACCUGCAUUGAUUUAUCGAAUCAAUCGAUGUAAUCAAGAUGAUCAGAAUGUUAUAAAAUAUUUUUCAAAUGUAACUCAACCCCCAGAUCAAGAUGGAGCAGUAGGAUAUUCAAUUUUAGUUGAAUUAAAUAAUAAUCUUGCUGAAUUAUGGGCUCCAUUGAAAGUAGACGAAAAAAAUCCAACAUGUGAAUAUUUAAAAGGAAUAUCAAGCAAUACAUUUACUUCUACAAAUGUUAUGCCGGAUAUUUAUUGUGAAAUUGAAGAAAGAAAAAUCUUAGGAUAUCCUACUGAUCAAUAUUAUAGAAAAUAUCCAACAAAACAAACUAAAAUGCCAAUGUUAUUAUUACAUGGGGAUAUGGAUCAAGCAUUGCCAUUACCGAUUCCUCGACAUUUUUUUAAACAAUAUUCAAUGGUAAAUCCAAAUUUUAUCUAUAUUGAAAUACCUCGAACAGGACAUACUGCAUUAGGUGGAUCACCAAUGGUUGAUGAAGAUGGCACUUGUGGUUGGAACAUAGCUGUAUCAUUUAUGUUAUCACCAACCUUCGAACCUGAUCGUUCAUGCUUAAAAAAAAUUAGCCCAAUUGAUGUUGCUGGUACAACAACAAAAACUAAACAAAUAGCGAUACAAUAUUUUGGUACUGAUAAUAUUUGGGGCACAGAAAAACCAAAUGGACAGUGA